UUAAAUUAUUAAAUCUUUAAAACUGUUCAAAUAAAAGAAAUGUCAUUCAAAUAAGAUACAAAGUAAUAAGUUCGUGAUAAAGAGUUCAGUUCAGCUCAUUAGAAAUUUGAGUACUGGAUUAAAAAUCCUGAAAGCCAUACUUAAAAUUUGUUCAAUAAAUAAGAUGACUUUAUACUAACAGAUUAAGAAAAGAUGAUCGCUGGUGAUAUAAUUAGAGAAUAUAAUAAGAAGCUUGAUGACUUCAAGAGAUUUAUUAAUAGAGAAUAUCUAUCCUUUGAUUAUAAAAUCCAUAAAUGCAUGUAUAAUCACUGUUACGAUGAUAUAUUUAAAAGCACUGCUUAAGUUAAUUAAUGUAUUCAUAAAUGCCAUCAAGGAAUAGAAAAAGCUGAUAAAUUUGUAAACAAAUAAAUGGAUGAUUUUAAUCUUGAGUUCAACACUUGUUUAGAAAAAGCUUAAAAACGUACCAAAGAUAUCAUGAAUGAGUCUUUUAAAUGUUACGAUGAAAUGUUAAAUAGAUUUAAUAAUUUAAAAAGAAUGAUUAAAACAGAAAUGGACUAUUAUUAAUGA